UUCAAGCAGUGCCUCUCUGCCUCCCUUCCUGAUCCAACUGCUCUCAGGCUUUAGUUUCAUGUCCAAAAUCUUCCUCUGCUUUCCAAAAAUAAGCCACUGCCGCCAUGCUGAAGGGAGAAAAACAAGAAGGGCGGUAUUUUUAGGGCCAUUAAUUCUGACCACGUGCCCAGGAGGUGAACCGGAUGGCCAUCACACAAAGACUUCUCAUCACUAUGUCCUGUGAAGCCAGCGUUCACUUGACGUUCCCGGCUUUUGUUCUCCUGGGUUUUCUGGCUGAAUUUGUUUCAUCGUAUCCAGUGGUGAGCAAAACAAAUGGCACCCUGCUGGAGAAAGAAUGGGAGUCUCUCUUGUCCAGGUCCCUCGUUGGAAUGUCAGGGGAGAAAUCUGAAGUCAACUGGGAGACCGAAUAUUUACAAGGAAUCAAGCGACAGCGGAGGCUUUACUGCAACGUGGGCAUUGGGUUUCACCUCCAGAUAUUUCCAGAUGGACGGAUAAGUGGUGUGCAUGAUGAAAACCAAUACAGUCUCUUGGAAAUAUCAACAGUAGAGCGAGGUGUAGUUAGUUUGUUUGGUGUGAGAAGUGCCCUCUUCAUUGCAAUGAACGACAAAGGGAGAUUAUAUGGCACAGCAACGUUUCAAGAUGAAUGCAAAUUCAAAGAAACUCUGCUUCCCAAUAACUACAAUGCUUACCAAUCAUUCAUGUACGAAGGCUUCUACAUAGCACUCAGCAAACAUGGGAGAAUGAAAAGAGGAAGCAAAGUGUCUCUUGCUCAGACGGUCACACACUUUUUACCCAGAUUGUGAAAACCAGAGUAAAGUGUAUUAAACAACUCUGAUUCAUUUUGCACAUGUGAAUAAUCUCCCAGGUAAAGUAUUUAUCUUCACUUUUCUGUGAAUAUAGAUAUAUAUAUUUAUAUAUAUUUGGAUAAAAUUAUUUGUACGGGAUCCAUUACACUAAGUAUGCAAGGUGCCAUUUCUCUAUAUUCAUUAUAAAGCUCUCAAGAUAGGAAAUAUUUAACCAGAUGUCCAGAAAGUUACAGCUUUGUCUAAUUCUGUUGUCUACUUUGGGAUUGUUUGCAUUUACAAAAAAACAUGAAGCAUGGGGUGCUGUUGCUGUUGUCUAGCUGAACAGGGGAACUUGGUGCUGUUUUGUGAGUCCCUAGCAGAACAACAGAUAUCUGAGAUUUUUAGAAGUGCCAUGGGUCAUUUUUCAGUUACAGCAAAAACUUUUGAGCUGGGCUUUUGUGAAUUAAGCUAAUUGUAUUAGACUAAUGGUUUUCAAACUGUGUUCCUGGGAACCCUUAGGUUUCCUGGAAGUCUAUGCAGAGUGUCUCAGCAGGAAGUAAUGUUGGAGAAGUUUCUCUGAAAUAAAGUUUGCUCACAUACUGAUGACACUCCCCUCCCCACAGUAAUGUGCAGGUAUAGAAGUUUGUUGAGUGUGUUGUAGGGUGCACAUUCAGUUCACAUAUAGCAGUGGUGAGGUCCAAUGGACCUAACUAGUGCUCUGUGAGAGCGAAGUCUGCACCCUAGAACAUGUUCCAGAAUUGUCUGCGAUGCAAUGUGGAAUACUCUCUGUAAUAUAAACCAAUGUGGAAAGUGUUCUUUGAAAGUGGACAUUUUGAAAAUCACAGUACUAGACCAAGUUCAAACUUACCAUUAUAUGGUACCAUGAAAGUUUACAGCAUGUGACAACAUAAAUGAGGACUGUCAAAUCAAAAUCUUGAGAGUAAGGACCAUAUAAUAUUGAACAUGCCUGUGCAAUAAGGAGCAUCUGUUAUGGAGUUUAUGAUUCAAAGGAACAAUUCAAAUUGUUUUGUAAAAUAUAAGGUAUCCAGCACCACAGCAUCUGGACCAAUACAGGCAAACAGAAUUAUGAUGAAUACCAGCAUAAUCUCCAAAACUUUGGCAAACACUAUUCACAUUUUGCAUUAUUUAAAAGAAAAAUCUACCUCCUAUAGCCAUUUCUAGUUUGCAUUCCUCAUAGCUGUUUUCCUCACAAAAGGAUAACAUUUAACCAGUAUAGCUAGGCAUUGAGUAUCUGCAAGUGUUAUCCUUCUGUGGGUGUCCAAAAUGCAGUGAAUGUUGAUCAUCCAGAAAAAUACUAUACCUGUCAGCAUUCACUGUUGUAUGUCCUUAUAUGUUGUAAUUCAUAAAUAAAUAAAUGUGUUUUAUUUAGGUAACUGUCAACAUUCACUGUUCAAAAUUCAAUAUUUGAAUAUUUAUUUGUGAUUGUCAGUUUCCACACAUGAAUGUCAAACUUGACCUGAUUUCAGCUGUAAUAUAUGUCUAUAACACAUAGAAAUAUGCACAUUAUAUUUUGUCACUUAUUCUGUAGAUGUCUUUGAACAUCAACAUUUUUACUCACAGGUAAAAUGUAUUAAACUAAUUUGCAUCAA